GGAUGAGACGGCAACGGUUGGCACGGGCCUGCCGUGAGGACGAGUUUAGUUUAGAUUAGAUAAUUCGAUCAGAUGCUCUUGUGCGUCGUCUCGGACGUUCGGUGCGGACUAGCGUUGGUAGUGCGUAGUGGUGCUGGCGGCGGGGGUUUAUGUCCGUCUCUUCUCGCCGCUUCGAACGGGGUGGCACAUUAGUCGAGUGCGGCCAGACGAUCGAGAACGACACGACCUUUUUGUUUGGGCGGUUGUGUGUGCGCGCGCGCGCUCGCCUGUAGCUCCCCUGGAAGGGCUGGAGCAUCCGGAAAUUCUACCGUGCGUGUGUGCGUUCCUGUGAGUGUUGGGGGUGGCUGGAAAACUCCAUUCCCUGUGGUACGGAACGGAAGACAGCGUGUUUCAGUGAAUUUGGUGAUGAAAAUCCAUCCCAUAUGCUCAUCCGUGUGAAGAAACCCGGAAAAAGUAAAGUACCAAGAAGAGUGUGUGUUUGUGAGAGAGAGAGAAAGAGAGCCCGGUAGCGGAAAGAACGGAAAAGCAAAUAAACAAAUGGUCUGGGACACAGUCGAAAACCUCGGGGCCUGCUUUGAUGCCAGCCAGUUAAAGUGUCAGUCGUAGUUUCCCUCCGGCGCGUGAGAUCAAUAGCAGAGGAGGCCCAGGCAUCGUCCGGAACGUUCGCCUUCCUUCCGAGAGUCGCAUUCCGGCAGUGAGCGUUAGUGUGUGUGUGCGUGUUUAAAUGCAAUAUGCAAAUUGUAGCAAUGCAUCUUGCCAUACCGGGGAAGGCACGGGUGUCUGAUCUCAGAUAACAACAGCGUGUGUCUAGUGUCUCACUGCUUUCGUCUCGUAGCAACGAACUUUUACGACAAAGGAUGCUGCGGAACUGUGUGCCUCUGUGCGCUCUGUGUGAUUGUGUGACUGUAGUUUGUAUCUUUCUUUAGCUUGUUUCUGUUAAAGAGGUGGUGGGAAGUAGUAGUAUACCUACGCAUACCGACACACACACCUCCCACAAGACGUCUAAAAACAAACCAUGGAUUCACCACACCCGCUGUGUUCAGAUAAUCCCAACUACUUUAACGAAGAUGCCGCCGCGUCCGGUCCGUCCGGCGAAUCGGCCGCGGACGUGGUGGAGCACAAGAAGCCGGCCCGCUUCUACCAUUUAAAGCGCCUGGUGACCUACUCGAAGCUGAAGCGAGCCGCCACCACUGCUACGAUCGUGGACGGGCGCGGGGGGGAUUACGCCGACUCGGCGCCGUCCCCGCCGACGCCGCCCACCCGCAACGGCACGAUCUUUCGCUACCGGAGCAACAGCGCAUCGUGCACGGGCGGCGGUGCACCGAUCCUGGAGGACGAUGGAGCGUCACGGGCGGCCCCGCUGGCGGUUCCGCUGUCACCGCCACCGUUUGCUGUCGGACGGUCGGGGACGCUGCCGGAACGGCGCAGACAUUCCUUCGGGACGUCGACUCAUCGCCAUCAUCUACCGCAGCAGUACCAGCAGCAGCAGCAGCAGCAGCAUCAGUUGGAGCACAAUGGCGGCCGUGAGCAGAUGAUGAAAAAUGAAACCUCCAUCGAUGAGGUGCCGAACGCUCCCGCCCCGAAAGCCCCCUGUCAACCCGCCGGCAGCACAUCCGAUUCCGGAACGUUACGGGCGGCUGCAAUGGACGUGCUGUUCGUGACGGCACGCCACAGCGAGCACGGCAUGCUGUGGGUCAACCAUCUGAAGGUGUGCUUCGACAAGAUCACCAAGCAACGCGGACGGCUUCCCUUCAAAUUCCUCCACAUCAAGCUGGACGAGGAUGUGGUACAGCAAACCCCGCACAUCAUACAGCAGUGCGAAUCCACCAAACUCCAGAUCGUGGUCGUCUGUCCCGCCCUGCUAGGACUUUCGCCCUCCCUGCUCCACACGAAGCUCAACGCCCUGCUCACACCGAACCGCGUCCUCGGCAUGCUCCUGGACGUGUCCGAGUGUGCGGUGAACGAGUUUGCCAAAACCUCCCUGCCCGGCUACUCCCGCUGGCGAACGUGUUCCGUGCGCGAAAAGGACACCGCCUUCGUAAGCGAACUGCUCGGCAUUGCGACCGACAUCCUCGGCAAGGCGCUACGCCAGCAAACCGUCCUGCAGCGCACACCAUCCGGCACGGAACCGAAAACACCGACCUCACCAACAGGCCCGUCCGGCCCAGGUACAACGGGCCAUCUUCCCGGUGCGGCAGCGGGCGGUGCAGGUAGCGGGCACCGUUCCCACGACUCGUUCGUGCUGUUCCCGCGCAAGGUGAAGGUGGGCCAGAGCAAGAUCCUGCUGAUCCUGCACGAACCGCUCACCAAGGAGGACUGGAUAAAGAUCAAGGUGGAGAAGGCGGACCAAACGAUCGAGAUAACGAACAUCAAGCGGCGCAAUCCCUACACCAUACAGUUCAGCGUGCCAGAGGUUUGUAUGGAGAUCUCGAUGAUGAUCAAGAUACGGCUGGAGAAGAACAGUAUCGAUCUCGGCAGUCGACCGUUAAAGUGUGAGAGCCAGAUGCGCGAGCUCGAGCAGAUCCUGUCGUCGAAGGAUGCACCGAUGGAGUUGAUCUGUCAGUCGGUCGGUCUGUCGACGAACGAUCGGGACAAGCUGGAUCUGCUGCUGCUGAAGGCGUUCCUGCGAAACGUUCCACCGAACUACAACCUGCUGAACUACGGCAGCGGUGGUGGUGGUGCUGAGAUGGGCUGCCAUCGUGACAUCUAUCCUGAAGAGUAUCCGACACUGCUGCACUUUGCCGCCCGCUGGGGCCUGGAGCGACUCUGUAUGCAGCUGAUCGAAUCACCGGGCGGUGAGAUUGCGUGCGAAAUGCGCAACAUCAACGGUCGAACGCCGUCGGACAUUGCGGAGCUGGUGGGACACUACAAGAUCGCGAGCGCACUGAAGAACUUCUCGCAAAUGAACGAACUCACCACGAUGUACCACUACUUCAAGGGCGUGAGUGGCGCCAGCUCGGACCAGGUGAUGAUACAGCCGAAGCAGCAGCAGCACGGGACCGGUCUGCCCCUUCGUACGCAGAACAAAACCGACGCGGAGAAGAUUCUGUCGCACGUGCACGCGUUAAAGCAGGCGGAGGGCUACAUCGACAUGAGCUGUGCGAAUGGGUCGGACCAGGUGGACGGAAGCAGUGGGGCGAGCGCCAUCAAUAUCCACUACCUCAACGACCGUCCGGCCGGGAGCGAGUUGACACCGCCCGGACCCCCGGACGAAAAGGACGUCUGCGGGGAGAACGAGGAUAACUUUGAUGUGGUGCGCGAUACCGACCGGCGCUGCAACAACGGAUCGCUGCGGUCGGUGGAAUCCGCCGAGCGGGCCGCCAAGUACGACAUUUUCAGCAACGAAUGCUCCGAUCUGCUGGAAAACUGUGAAGCCGGCUCAACCGCAUCGGCCGAAUGCGUCACGAACGGUGACUACAUGCUGCAGCCCUCCAAUGCACCCUUCACACCGCCAACCGACCGCACUCCCACACCACCCCCACUGCCCGCGACGGCCGAACCGAUGGGCGAUUACAUGAUUCAACCGUCCAACAUUCCGGUCCAUCCGUACUGCAACGUGCCGGAAGUGGUGCCGGAAACCGGCCCGACCACUGAGGCGGCCUCCCACGUGCGGUUAAGCUUCCGCAAGGAGGACCCGGCGAGCGAGGACACGUACGGCACGACGACGGCCGGGCUGCCCCGGUGCCGGCGCAACACCGGCAGCUCCGCCGAGGGCCGCACCGUCGACGACGAGCUGCUCGAGAUCAUUUCCGACUUCAAGAACAACGUGUUCUCGAUCCAGGAGGUGGAGCAGCUCGUGACGCUGUGGAAAAACCGGAACGAUGUGCAGAAGAGCUUCCGCGAGAAGCAGGACCAGCUGGCCCGGAUGCGCGAACACUACGAGCAGAUACAGCGCGAGCUGAAGGACAAGCUGAAGCGGCCGACACCGUUCGAGCGGAUGCGGAGCUUCUUCUCGCGCACCAAACCUUCCCCGGCGGGCGGGAAGGCGGCCGCGGCGAAGCAGCGGGCAGGGAAUGGGUCGGCCGGUGGUGCGAGCGACCCGCCCGGUGCGGACGUGUGCGAUGAGAUUAAGUUCUCGAUGGCGGGCGGCGGCGGUUCGAACGGUGGGUACGCCGUGGUACGACCGCAAAGCCUCUCGCUCAGCAUGAACAGCAUGGGUAGCGAUAAUUCCGAGCAGAGCAGCGGCGGUCGACUAUCAUCGGGCGGGGGGCCUCCGGUCGGCACACCCACGGACGGUGCGCCCAGUGAGGGCCGACGACUGUCGCACAGCAAAUCGUGGCCGAAAGGGACCGAGAACGAGAACUACAUGGUGCCGCCAUCGCCCCGUCCCGUCAGCGAAGAGCUGCACCUUGUGCGGGGCGUGCGGCUGGGCAGUGGGACGCUCGUCGGUGCGCUUAACCGCUGCAGCAACGGUAGCUGCUCCAGCACUGCCAGCAGCCACAGCAACCACAGCAGCCACAGCAGCAGCAGUAGUAACAGUGCCGGCUCGUGGGCCGGCAUGGGAAAGCAGGAAUCGCACUACGUAAUGUAUCCCUCGAAUGUGCCGGUGUUUGCGGGCGGUGCAGAGUACAUGAACGUACCGGCAGCGGUGACGCACCACACCAAAGAGGAUGAGCGGAUGACGGCGCGACCGAAGCUGGGCCGUACGCCGAGCGACACCGGCGGCCCGACACCGCACCUUGUCACCUUCCAGUCGAUAAUGGAGUGCAAUGAAAGUGCCGACAGUGUCGACAGUGUCACCUAGGGCUGGAGCGAGGCUCUAAUGCCCUUCUUCCGGGAAACGCUCUCGUGCUCUCGGGAUGGGGGGGAUUUUUUGUGUUUUUUUACGGGGAGGGUUUAAGAGGCGACGUUCCAGCAACGACCGUUCUCAUCGUAUUAUCCAAAGGUUAAUUGAAAUGAUACCAUACCCGCAUGUAAGUGUGUGUGCGUGUGUGCGUGUGUGUUUAUGUAGCACGCACAUCAGUCUAUAGGAGGAAGCUGUAUACAAAGCGAAAACCAACGAAAUAAAGAUAUGUUUCUGUGUGUGCGUGUGUGUAGCAAAAUAGCA